AUGGCGUCAACUCACAUGAAGAAUCUAGCUGACCUUUGCUGUGUAUGUGAUGUAAGGCUUCAAAAAUCCAAGAAAGCGGGUACUUCAAAGUUUCUUUGUAUGAAAUGGAAAGAUUUCUUGGCUGAAAAAUUUGAAAUUUUUGUGGAAAAGGAUCUUGAAGAAAUACACCCGCAAUAUUUUUGUCAUUCAUGUUACCCGCAUCCUGACCGAAGAACACUAGUUAAAGCCACAUGGCUCACUCAUUACGAAGAUAACUGUGGAGUGUGUUCCCGUGUAGAAGAGAUUAAAAAAGGAGGACGGCCCAAGAAGCCAAAAAGGGGGAAGGAAGGCCAAUUCAAGACCUUCCAAAACGCAGGAGACAAAGGACGCCAACGAAACCUCUUUACAAGAUAUUGAAGAGCUUACUAAAGACUUACCUUCUCUUCGCUUCAAGGAGUUUUCCGAUAAAUUUUCCUUUCCCGAAAAUAUGAAAAGAGAUUUAAUUUGCCCGGUUUGCUUUCAAGUCUUGGAUAAGCCAGUGGAAACCACUUGUCAGCACUACUUUUGUGUAGAACGCCUAAAAGGCGUAAUUAACAGUGGCCAAGGGGGUACAUGUGCUGUCUGUAAGGAGAAAGUUGGCCCUAUAAAAAUCCCUACACGAAUGGUACUAAAAUUAAUAGCUGAGCAGCAGGUAAUAUGUAAGAAAUGUGGCCAGACUAUGCACUACGAACACAGUUCAUCUCAUGUUUGUUCCAAUGACAAUGCACCUGUUCCUGAACAGCCUUCAGCAAUGGCAGCUCCCCUUGAUCCCACCCAGACUUUGCAGCAAGUUCUAAAAGACGCUCAAGCUGGUAAUUUCUCACCAGAAGUGGAAAAAAUUUGCACGGCAUAUGUCAGAAGUAGAAUUAAAAAUGCCCCGGAUGGAAAAACUGUACUCUUCAAGACUGGUGGAAAGGUAACUUUAUGUUUUGAAUUUGUCCUGUAAUUAAUCAUUCUUCCCUCCCCUUAUGAUAUGUGCUCAUUGUACCUAUUAAAUGUUGUCUUAGCCUUUAGGUGUAGUACACGUUCCUGUUGCCUAAAAACCCUCUGAUCAAGUGACUGCUAGGCAGCGUCUUAAUAGGACAAAAGCAAUUGAGACAGUGGGUAAAACCGUAAGCAGUGACCAGAUGGAUGUGCACAUGGUACACACCCUUAAACGUAAGAGUCAGGAGGAGAGAAGGCAAAUUUUAAAUGACGCCCUGGGGAAGGAACUUGUUCUUCACAUUCCGGAGGGUCAAGCAAAUGCCAUGAAGGCAGAUCUGGGGAUCACCUGGUACCGUCUCAAUAAACUAAGAAGGUAUGGUAUAGUUUAA